CGGAUAUUUAAUUUUAUGUGUUUAUCUUCCUAAAGUAAAUGCUUCAUUCAUUGGAAAGUGUCUUCGUGCUAUAAAGCCUUAUUCGUCUCGCAAGUGAAGACUAUGACUUCCGAUAAAGGGUUCGAAUUGAUAAGAGAGUUUGAAAGGUCAACCGACCCUAUCCCCGCAUUUAAUGAUGAUGGCGUUCGAUCGGUUCUGGAGGAUAUUUCAAAGAUCUACCAAGAAAACUAUGCUCAUGCCAUAACCUUCAAUGAAACUCGUGACCGCAAGUUCCUUCCACUGGUCCUGUACCGGCACAAGCUGAUUCAACGCCAAAAACGGUGCGUCCUGGCAUAUCUUGCGAACCGGCUGUUUCGACUGAAAGCCCUCCGGUGGCAUGUCGGUGCUACGCUUCCUCCAGAGAUUAAGGCGUGCAUUAACGAACCGGAAUCUUUGUGGUUCAACAAGUACUCGAAAAUACUCGCCGAAUACAUGGCCUCUAUCCACGACGGGUAUGGAUUAAACCUCACAAAUGACAUCAAACCACCGAAAUCGCUGUACAUCGAGGUUCGCUGCCUGACUGAUUAUGGAAAGUUCGAGCUCGAGAAUGGCGAAAUCAUUUUGUUGAAGAAGAACAGCCAGCAUUACUUACCGAAGCUGCAGUGCGAACAAUUGAUUCGGCAGGGAAUUUUGCAACACAUUACUUAAUCAUAGUGAACUUUGUAAUUAUUUUCCGUAAACUUUUAACCCGUACAUCGUACUAAUGUGUAACCUCAUCCAAUAACAAGCAGAAAAACAAAAAUCACUUUACUACAAAACUAAAACUUUCUUAAACGAAUCGCUCCGGUAGUCACAGACGUUACAUUCGAAUCCCUCGUCAGCUAAUUGAUUGCCCUUAAGGCAAUAGUAACAGAACACAUGACUGCAACCCAUGUGGUGAGGAAGGAUAACACGUUCGUUGCAGUAAGCGCAUUUGCUUUCCGAGGUCAGUUCAACCCGCUCGACAGGCUGCUGGUACGGGUCAAGCCGUAGGGCGUUUCUUAACUUUCGCUUCAACGAAUGGUAGUUGAUAAACGGUAUGGUGA